AUCUCUUUAACUUGCCGUCAUCUCUUUAACUUGCCGUCGUUGCGCUCGACUGUGUUCGUCUGACAGAGAAAUAACGGCAAAGCUGUGAAUCAAAAGUCACUUCCUUUUGCCCUUGAAAACCUCGUGGUUGCAGGAAAGUUGAAAAUUAUGACCAAUUUAGCUGUGAGUUACUAAAAUCUGUGCUUGGAUUUCUCAGAGGCUGGGCUGUUUGUCGUAAUCUCAUGGAGCCUGCUCGUAAUCGAUAAAUCGGGUUUCUAAUGCGGUGGUUGCUGCAGCGAAGGGUUAGUCUCUCUACUACUUUGUGCAAAUGCAGACAAGGAUUCGAUUUUAUGCAGAAAUGUGGUCUAGUUAAUGUUAAGUUGAAAUGGGUGAAAGAUAAGGAACUCGAUGCUGUUGUGGUUCGUGAAAAGCAUCUUAGAGCAGUUUGCAACCUUGUUUCAGUUAUCUCCUCAGCUCCUGAUUCAAGAUUACCAAUCUUCCACCUAAACACUCACCGUGGUCAGCUUGGUCUGCCUCAAGAUCUUAAGCUCGCCGCUUUUAUCCGGAGAUAUCCCAACAUUUUUGUGGAGCAUUGUUAUCGUGACAGUGCGGGUACUCGUGUCCCUUGUUUCGGUUUAACCCCUGAAGCAGUAGAUAUUCACCGUGAAGAAGCUGAUGUUCUACGGGUGAACAAGGAGGAUGUUCUUGUGAGGUUAUGCAAACUUCUUAUGCUUACGGUCCAAAGAACACUUCCUCUGCACUCCAUUGACCAUCUCAGAUGGGAUAUGGGUUUGCCAUAUGAUUAUCAAGCCUCGUUGAUUCCUAAUCACCCUGAUUUAUUCUGUUUUGUAAAGUUGUCCAGCGAUCUUGUGGGUUUGAAACUGAUACAUUGGGAUGAACGCUUAGCUGUUUCCCAACUGCAGUUGAAACAAGACCUGAGAAAUGAUAAUCGUACAGCCUUCCCGGUUAAGUUUACGAGGGGUUUUGGACUGAAGAGGAAGAGCAUGGAGUGGCUCCAAGAAUGGCAGAGACUCCCUUAUACGUCACCUUAUGUCGAUGCAUCUCAUUUGGAUCCAAGAACUGAUAUAUCUGAGAAGAGAAACGUAGGACUGUUUCACGAGCUUCUUCAUCUAACGAUUGGGAAAAAGUUGGAGAGGAGAAACGUGAGCAAUCUUCGUAAACCGUUUGCACUUCCUCAGAAGUUCACCAAAGUGUUUGAGCGCCACCCAGGUAUUUUCUACAUUUCUAUGAAGUGUGAUACACAGACAGUGAUCCUUAGAGAAGCAUAUGAUAGGCGGCAUCUCCUUGAAAAGCACCCGCUCGUUGAAAUCAGGGAAAAAUUUGCAAACAUGAUGAAUGAAGGGUUUCUUGAUAGAAGUAGGGGACUGUAUCAGAAAUCUUUUGAGGCUGAUUUGGGGAACAACAGUAUCAAGGCUAUUUAUCCGGUUUGGUCAGAAGAAGAAGAAGAGUCGGACAAUAAUCUGAUAUCUGGAUAAGACUCUGGCUGUCCUGUAGUUGAAGGACAUAAACAGUCGUUUUAGUAGAUAGUCGGCUGCAAUUUUUGCUACAGUAGAGCCAAAUCAAGACAUUGCGAAGAGAAUGUGAGAGUUAAAGGCCACAUUCUGUAUCUGACUUUAGCAGCCUGUGCUUCUGACAUGGAUGGUGUUUUCCAUAGGAAUUCAUUCAAUUGAAUCUGAUCUUGCUUUUGCCCCCAUUAAUGUCAUUCCCGUCUCAGACCAGAAACGUAAAUUUCAUUCAAUGGAAUUUACAGACGACAUUCUCAGGUUAGCUUUUAGCAUCUUCGUUGCAAGCGAACAAAAGCUGGUUUAUUGGUGCUGGCUCUCCAAAAGCUCAGCGUCACGAGGACAUAGCAUUGCAGAAAGAAGAAUGGGAAAUUACUUAGGACUUGCCAUGUUUGACUGUUUGAUGCGAGCACGCACCUUUAGUCAAUCCGAGUCAUGACAUUGUGCUUUCCUGAAGACAGGUUAUUGGUUUGAGGUACACAUUGGAUCUUUCAUUGUGACUGUGAAGUUAGUCCAUAUGCUCAUUUGACUCGGUCUCUCAACAUAGAACUUUUUUAUUUCCCAUUCCAGAAAUAUAAUUUACCAUUGAUGUCAAAAAUCUAAUAAAUACAUAUUUAUGAAAUUAAAAGGAUUGUUUGCUCUGAGCUUUGAAUAGAAACGAUCAGCACGUAUUUAUUUGUUAUA